AUGUCUGUUUUUCUUGUUUUCCUUUACAUUUUUUGUAUCUUACAUUGCUCAUCUUGUUUUGCUCUUCCCUUUCUUUUCCUAUUUCCUUCUACUGUUUCAUCCAUGUUUUCUAUUUUCCUCCUUUAUUCCUUUCUUUUCUCACUCCUUGCAUCAUUUUUUUUUCUUUGUUCUAUUGCCUCCCUUUCCCCAUCUCUUUGCUACUUUUCUCCCUUUUGCUCUUUCCCCACUCUCUCUUCUCCCACCGCUUUCCCCCUCACCAAUUUCUUUUCUUACCUUUCUUCUCCUGAUUUCUUUUUUACCCCCCCUGAUUCCUAUCUCACCAUUUUGCUUUCUUUUUCUCUCUCUUCGUCCAUUUCCUUUGCUAAUGCUCUUUUCUUUAACACCUUUUCUUCUGGGUUUUCUUUUUUCAGUACCAUUUGUUUCCCUUUUAUGUCAUUUUUCUCUUUUUUCCUUUCUAUCAUACUCCCACUACUUUAG